CGUUUCCCAGUUAGUCAACCAUGACGGAAAUCAGUCAUUUUUAUAGAGUAGCAUAAUUGUAUUGUUGAAAAAAAUGUGUGAGCAUAUAGCCAAAGUGGUUAUUGUCAAGUAUGGCUCCCAGGAAGCUGUACUGUAUGACUUAGACAAAAGAAUGACUCUUGAUGAUAUUAUGAUAGACCUCCUGAAAACUAUUGGCGUGCCAAACUCCAGAGUGUACACCUUAAAAUUGGAGGAAAGGAAAAACUACACAGGCAAACAGUUCUACAUCAAAGACGUGAGCUCAAUCGAAAAUGCCGACAGGCUCAAAAUCGUUUACACCAUCGACUACCAGAUGGACGUCAUAUUCCAGUACAUGGAGACUGACGCCAGGGACAAAGUCUUCGACGACCUGCGGGAGCUGAGCGUGGUGGACGAGUUUGUGGCGGAACUAGCCAGGACCAACAACCACCUAAAGCUGAUGAAGUACUUCGAGACGCACCAAAUGAGGAACAACGAGAUAUUGGCUUGCUGCCUCAACUUCGCCCACCUGUUGAAGAUCGACGGCAUACGGGGCACGACCCCGAACAUCCUGACGAAGACGCUGCAGAUCGUUAAGAACGACAAAAGUGUUUUGGUGGAGGACGACGAGUUUGCUGGCGACGCGGUGAGCAGUGCCCUCAUGGUGCUACGCAACAUUUUGGUCAGCAGGUGUGAGUUCUUCUAUGACUGGCAACAGACGAUAAUACGGGAGCUCCCCUUUACCCAAUUAAUGUACUACUUAUACGAGCCCAAGUACGAGUUGGUGGGGGCAAGCGCCUUGUCGCUGAUCAACAUGAUUCUAAGGAGGUGCAAGGGUGAGAAAAGGACGUCCUUGAUUAGAGAGUUGAACCAAAAGAAAAACAAAGAAAUAAUAUUGAAGUAUGUAAUCGGAAAGGGGAAGUUGGACGCCUCCAUUGAGCACGAACUUUACGUGUGUCAGACCUUCUUGUUAAGCUUGUAUGCGGACGCCAUGAACACCUUUCAAAACUGCAAAGACUUUCAAGAAGAGAGCGAAAAGGGGGAGCUUGAUGACAUGCACAGAAGAAGCAUAAUAUCGGUGUGCAGUGACGAGGAGAUCCCGAUGGAAAACUUAGACAAAAGCAAAUCUAGGUUUUCCAUGGCAUCUAUCUUGUCUGAGAGUUCAAGAAACUCUUAUGGGAGCUCAAUCAAUUGCACGUUGGACGUUGAGGAGGGCAACAUCAGCAUUUUAACGGCGGAGUGCAUUUCCUACUUUCGUAAAAGACACGCAAAACUUUACCACCAGUCGCAGAUUGAAGAAAAGACGUACAAGCCAGGAAUCAUAUCUUCAAGUGAAAGGGUGGUUAAGAUGUUAUGUAGGCUUCUACACAUUGGUAAAACUCCCGACAAAACCAGUACCACCUAUCAACCACUGGUAUUUUCUUGUAACAUGAAGGAACCAUUCCUGUUGGAGCUGUUUUCAAGAACCAUGUGGCUGUUGUCCAAAACCAGGACUGAAAUGAAGGGCUUCAAUGAGUCAGACUACGAAAAAGUACUACGUGUGGUGUAUGAGCAAGUAAAAAUAAUACUAGAAAAGAAGCUGGACAGUUUCGCCCAAUUAACCAACGAAAUGGGGAGGAUUAACUACGAGACGGUGGCCAAAAUUUGGGAGGAGAGACGCCAAAAAGAAGAGGAGUACCUCUUAAAAGAGCACCCGUGCGUCAACGUGCUAAGAAGGCGUUUCGCCAAGGAGAACAAAAAGGAAAUACUGAGGCAACGCCUAAAUUUCAUGAGGACACCGGUUAAAAUGAAAAGGGCUGUCGAGUCAGACGAGAGAAAGAAGCCUUAUUUAAUACCAGUUAACGUAUUCCUUUCGGAAAAUGAACAAGUAAUCUACAUUAGGGGGGAACAAAUAGGGAAGAAAAGCAAAGGGGACGACAUAACGUGUGAUGUCCAGUCCAUAACAAAUUUGGCUCAUGGAAAAAACUGCCCCCACGCCUCAGAAGUUCCAACUGAUCCAUUCAGGGCUUUCAGCAUAAUAGUCGAAAAGACUCAAAGAAUCAGUCUACUAGCUGGGAACGAAAAGGAUGCUUGUUACUGGAUCGACGGGCUAUCACUACUAAAAAAUAUUGAAGAAAUAAAAAGUAAUUACUACCAAAACGACUUGGAUACUUUGGUGGAAAUGGAUUUGAAGUUGAGUUUAAUGGAUUUACAGAACGUGAUGGUUCCCAAAAAGGCACCAAAGGUUCCUUUGCCUCCAGAUCUUCUCCCAGUAAUGGGAUGAGUCAUUGUUCCCUUAAUGUUAGGCUUAAAUUAUUUAAUUACUCAUAAAAACAUUGACAAAUUAUUUUUAAAGAUGUGAUUUUAUAUUCAUGAACAAAAUUAUUAUUAUUAUUA